AUGUCUGCCCUACAGUUGAACUAUGAGAAAAGUGAGCUUUAUCAGGCAGGGGUUAGUAAGGAAGAACUUGUCAGAAUCCAGCAAGCUUCUGGGUUUAAGAUUGGUACGUUACCAGUCAGGUACCUUGGGGUCCCAUUGGUGUCUAGAAGGCUCACAGAGAAAGACUGCGCACCCUUAGUUGACAAGAUAACAGCAAGGAUUAACAGCUGGGCUACAAGACACCUAUCAUAUGCUGGCAGGUUACAACUAGCAUUUCAUCCUCCCAAAACAUAUGCUGAAGAGGAUAAACAAGUUAUGUUCUGGUUUCUUUUGGAAAAGAAAACUUGUGUCUUGCAAAACAUCUGGUUGAUAAUUGCAAAAGCUGAUUCUUUAUGGAUCGCUUGGAUUGAAGCUUAUGAAUUGAAGGGAAAGACCAUAUGGCAAGUAGCAGCCAAGCAAACUAGCAGUUGGAAUUGGAGGAAAUUGCUUCAAAUAAGGCUUCCAAUGAAGGAUAGAUUGCGAUCAUGGGGAAUGAGAAUUGAUAGUAGAUGUAACUUAUGCUACAAUGAAGAUGAAACACGAGACCAUGUUUACUUUGAGUGUGUUUAUUCAAAAGAAGUUUGGCAAAAGAUCCUGCAGCUAUGCAACAUUGAUAGAAGAGUACGAAGUUGGGACACAUAA